ACACACACUGCUGUUCCUGCCUAAGCAAGCUUGCUUGAAGUCAGUGGAUGUUGUUGAAUUCGUGCCCGGCCUGAGAAUCUGUUGACAUUGUUCUGGACGCUGUAAUCUCUCCACCAAUGCGGUACAGCAGGAGUUAAUGUUUAACUAAACGCCGGGAUUAAACCACAAUCAUCCAAGGUGGCGACGGACAAGGUAGCCGGCAAGCUGAGUUCGACUCUUUCAUGGGUGAAGAACUCGGUGUCGCACACGGUCAGUCAGAUGGCUAGCCAGGUGGCCGCUCCGUCCUCGCUGCACACGGCGGUGGGCUCGUCCGCCGUCUCGCUGUCCCCCCCGGGCCUCUCGCCCUCGUCGCCGUCGUCCUCCAAGCUCAGCCCGGACGAGAUGGAACUGCUGGCCAAGCUCGAGGAGCAGAACAGGUUGCUGGAGACGGACAGCAAAUCGCUGCGUUCAAUGAACGGUUCUCGAAGGAACAGCGGCUCUUCACUGGUAUCCAGCUCCUCCGCCUCUUCCAACCUGUCCCACCUGGAAGAAGACUCGUGGAUCUUAUGGGGACGCAUCGUCAAUGAGUGGGAGGAUGUUCGCAAGAAAAAGGAGAAGCUGCUAAAGGAGUUGGUCAGGAAGGGCAUCCCGCAUCACUUCCGGGCGAUAGUGUGGCAGCUCCUGUGUAACGCCCAGAAUCUGACCAUAAAGGAUCAGUACUCGGACCUGCUGAAGAUGACGUCGCCCUGCGAGAAGCUGAUCCGCCGAGACAUCGCCCGGACGUACCCGGAGCACGAGUUCUUCAAGGAGGAAAGCCUGGGUCAGGAGGUCCUCUUCAACGUCAUGAAGGCCUACUCGCUGGUGGACCGGGAGGUGGGGUACUGCCAGGGCAGCGCCUUCAUCGUCGGCCUGCUGCUCAUGCAGAUGCCCGAGGAGGAAGCGUUCUGUGUUUUCGUGAAGCUGAUGCAGGAUUACAGACUGAGGGAGCUGUUUAAACCCAGUAUGGCUGAACUGGGACUCUGCAUGUACCAGUUUGAAUAUAUGAUCCAGGAGCAGCUACCUGAACUUCACGUUCACUUCCAGGCUCAGAGUUUCCACACCUCCAUGUACGCCUCGUCCUGGUUCCUCACCAUCUUCCUCACCUCAUUUCCUCUGCCUGUCGCUACUCGAAUCUUCGACAUCUUCAUGUGUGAGGGUUUGGAGAUAGUGUUUCGUGUCGGCCUGGCCAUCCUGCAGAUGAAUCAGGCAGAGCUCAUUCAGUUGGACAUGGAGGGCAUGUUACAGUACUUUCAGAAGGUCAUCCCUCACCAGCUCGACAGCGGCCCGGACAAAGUGAUCCAGAACGCUUAUCAAGUCAAGUACAACGCUAAGAAGAUGAAAAAGUUGGAGAAGGAAUACACUACCAUAAAAACCAAGGAGAUGGAGGAACAAGUGGAGAUAAAGAGACUCCGGACAGAGAACAGGUUACUGAAGCAGAGGAUCGACACGCUGGAGAAAGAGAGUGCUUCUCUGGCCGAUAGAUUGAUCCAGGGUCAGGUGACGCGGGCGCAGGAGGCCGAGGAGAAUUACCUGGUCAAGCGGGAGCUGGCCACGGUGAAACAGCAGUGCGAGGAGACGAGCGUACAGCUCGAGCAGGCUCAGAGCGCCAUCAGACAUCUCCAACAACAGCAACCACAACAUCAACCACAACAUCGACCACAGCAGCAGCAGCGUCCGUCUGCGGCACCGAAACCUCGUUACUCGGAGGAGACCAUUCUUCAGCUGGAAAAAGAGUUGGUCCAGGCCCGACUGAAAGAGGCCGAGUCUCACUGUGCCCUCAAAGAGAUGCAGGACAAAAUCCUCGACAUGGAGAAGAGGAACUCAUCUCUGCCGGAUGAGAAUAAUGUGGUCCAGCUGCAGGAGGAGCUGAUAGCUGUGAAGCUGAGGGAGGCCGAGGCUGUGACGGGCCUCAAAGAGCUUAGACAGCAGGUCAGAGACCUGGAGGAUCACUGGCAGAGACACUUGGUGCGUACAGCCGGCCGGUGGAAGGACAGUCCGCGGAAGAACACGGUGAACGAGCUGCAGGACGAGUUAAUGAGCGUGAGACUCAGAGAAGCGGAAGCUCAGGCUGAACUCCGAGAGACCCGACAGAGACUGCUGGAGCUGGAGACGCAGAACCAGAUCCACAGCAACCAGCUGCGCAGGGCCGAGCAGGAGACGCGCAGUCUGAACGAGCGGCUGCAGAUCACGGGCUCGCAGAAUAAAGUGCUGCAGGCCGAGCUGAAGGAGAUCAAGCGCAAGCAGGCCGAGAUCGAGUGCAAGAAUAAAGAGGAAGUGAUGGCGGUGAGGUUGAGAGAAGCCGAUAAUAUAGCCGCCAUGGCUGAACUCCAGCAGCAGAUCUCAGAACUGGAGAUUCAGAAAGAAGAAGGCAAAGUAAAGCGUCAGCUGAACAACACGGACUCCAACCAGUACAUGCGAGACCUCGAAGACCAGAUAACAGAGCUCAAACACGAGAUCCGCUGUUUAAAAGGACAGAGGGGCUCAUCGAACCAGGCGGGUUUUGACGCGAUCCACAUCGUGAAUCACUACAGACGAGGAGAAGAAUCCAACCAGUCGUCAGACGAAGACGGCAUGAAGCUUCCACUCAAACCGCCUCAGCGUCUAGCCGGCGGGCGCAUCACGCUUCACCCGCAGCUGCAGGACAUGGACAGCGACGAUGACGACGAGGACGAGGAGGAGGACGGAGAGGAGCUGAUGCUCACCGUGCCGUCCGAUAGCAGCCAUAAGAGCACAACCGUGUGACCGCCGACACUAACAAUGACAACCCGAGACCCGAAAUCUCACCGACGAACCGCGGUUUUACUUCACAUCUGCCUUUUACAUUUUGUUUUUGCCAAAAUGAGUCAGAUGUUCAUGCUGCGUUUCAUAUUUGUGAUUACUUUGUUUGUUUUUGGAUUUCGGCGUGACACGAGUGGCUCGUUCGGGUCUUUGGACUCCUUCGAAUAGAGCGAACGCCCUAAAAUCGGAGACGCCGCUUCACGCUACCACAAACUGACUUGUAUGAUCUGUGUUUUAUGCAUUACGAUAAAAGCAUUCGACUAGUUUUUAAUUUUUAACCGUUUUUUUUAAACAGGAGCCGUUGAAAACCUACGGAGUGAAUUCGUGGGUGUCCAUCACAUUGAGGGGAAAACCUACAGGUGUAGGAACACUAUUGUACAUUAAAUGUUGUACAGAGAGACAAAUAAACUUUAAUUAGUGUCAA